CUGCGCACGUUGGCCGGAUAUCCGCUGCAGGGCGGGGGCGCCGGGUGCACAGACAUGGCGGCGGAGUUAGAUGGUGGCCCGAGGCCGGACGUCGGGGCCCAGCGGGCAGAGCUGGGGCCGCUGCUAGGGAUAGCUCUGAGGCCGGGCGAGUCCUGGUAUUUGAUUGACAGUCGGUGGUUCAAACAGUGGAAGAAGUAUGUGGGUUUUGACAGCUGGGACAUGUACAAUGUGGGUGAGCCUAACCUGUUUCCUGGACCCAUCGAUAACUCUGGACUCUUUGCAGAUCCAGAAAUACAGACCUUAAAAGAACAUCUCAUUGAUGAGCUGGAUUAUGUGUUGGUUCCCACUGAAGCCUGGAAUAAGCUAGUGAACUGGUAUGGCUGUGUAGAGGGGCAGCAACCUAUUGUAAGAAAAGUGGUGGAGUACGGUCUGUUUGUGAAGCACUGUAAAGUAGAAGUUUACCUCCUCGAACUGAAGCUGUGUGAAAAUAGUGAUCCUACCAAUGUGUUGACCUGCCAUUUCAGCAAAGCAGACACCAUUGCCACCAUUGAGAAGGAAAUGCGACAGUUGUUUAAUAUCCCCAGUGAGAAGGAAACUAGGUUAUGGAGUAGGUAUAUGAGUAAUGCCUAUGAGCAGGUCAGCAAUCUGGACAGCACUGUACAAGAUGCAGGGCUCUAUCACGGUCAGGUGCUGUUAAUAGAAGUGAAGAAUGAAGAUGGUACAUGGCCUAGGCAGUCUCUUCCGGCAAAAUCAAGCACUGCAACUAGCAGAAAUUUUACUGCUACUUCAGCAUCAUCAGUAAAUUCUUAUUCCUCAAUAAAAGGAAUCUCUUCUGCUAUUGCAAAUGGUGAUAGCAAUAACUCCUUUGGACUGACCAACUCCAGCCUUGGCAGGGGAGUCUCUGGCUUCUCCUACAGCUGCAGGGAGUCCCCUUUCCAGUCACAGCCCGGCAUCUGUGGGCUCAGUAACUUGGGAAACACCUGCUUCAUGAACUCUGCAUUACAGUGUUUGAGUAACACUCCACCUCUGACUGAGUAUUUCCUGGAAGAUAGAUAUGAGGCUGAAAUAAAUCAUGACAAUCCUCUGGGGAUGAGAGGAGAAAUUGCAGAAGCAUAUGCAGAACUUAUUAAGCAGAUGUGGUCUGGGAGACACUCUCACGUGGCACCACGUAUGUUCAAAACCCAGGUCGGCCGUUUUGCCCCUCAGUUCUCAGGGUACCAGCAGCAAGAUUCUCAGGAGCUCUUGGCAUUCCUCCUGGAUGGCUUGCACGAGGAUCUGAACCGAGUGAAGAAGAAACCCUACUUGGAGCUCAAGGAUGCCAAUGGCAGGCCUGAUUCGGUGGUGGCGAAAGAAGCCUGGGAGAACCAUAGAUUAAGAAAUGACUCUAUCAUCGUGGAUAUUUUUCAUGGCCUUUUCAAAUCCACCUUGGUCUGUCCAAAAUGCUCUAAAGUUUCUGUGACUUUUGACCCUUUCUGCUAUUUAACUCUUCCACUGCCCUUGAAGAAAGAUCGUUCCAUGGACGUUUCUCUGGUUUUUGCAGACCUGCAUCGUAGACCUACCCAGUAUCGGGUAGUUGUGCCAAUGAUGGGGGCUGUAUCAGACCUGUGUGAAGCUCUUUCCAAACUCUCCAAGAUCCCUGCAGAAAAUAUGGUGGUGACAGAUGUUUAUAAUCACCGAUUCCACAAAAUUUUCCAAAUGGAUGAAGGGUUAAGUCACAUCAUGCCAAAAGACAACAUCUUUGUGUGAGUAACCAUCUCUUUGGAAAGUGCAGUGUUGAGAAGAAUGUGCUAGGAGAUGAGAU